UUUUGAAUGUCUGUUGUGGUUUUAGUGAUACAAGAAGAUAUUUUAAUAUUAAGUGACUAAUCCGCCGUAUCAAUGAUGGGGCUUUUAAAUAUUUUAAGAAAGUUGCGUUCGAAUCCAGAUAAAGAAUUGCGUCUUUUACUUCUUGGUUUGGACAACGCGGGUAAAACUACACUUUUAAAGCAAUUGGCAUCAGAAGAUGUUAAUCACGUUACACCAACAGCAGGUUUUAAUAUUAAGUCUGUGCUGUCUAAUGGUUUCAAGUUGAAUGUUUGGGACAUUGGAGGACAACGAAAAAUUCGCCCCUAUUGGAGGAAUUACUUCGAAAAUACUGACAUCUUGAUUUACGUUGUGGAUUGCUCAGAUCACCUAAGACUGGAAGAGACAAGUCUAGAGUUAGCAGAAUUACUGCAGGAUGACAAGUUACGUGGUGUACCGUUGUUAGUUUACGCUAAUAAACAGGACUUAGAUACUGCUUUACCAGCCAGUGAAGUUGCACAACAUCUCGGUCUUCAUUUAAUCAGAGAUCGUACUUGGCAGAUACAAGCGUGUGUUGCCAUUGAGGGGACAGGAGUAAAGGAGGGGAUGGAAUGGGUAUGUAAGAAUAUACCAGUAAAGAAAUAAAUGUCUACAUUGAAAAUAGUAAAUAGUUAACGUUUUAACCAGUCAUUUAUUUAUGAUAUUAUUUAACAAAGUAAUGCUCUGUGUAUACAUAUAUAUGAAAUGAAUAAAAGAAUGAAAUUGAACCAUUGAUCUGUAAAAAUGGAUAGGCUAUGCUUAGUUCGGAAUUAAUCGCGCCUAACGUUAGUGGCAGAUAAUUAUACCCAUAUUACAAUAGCCUGUCCAUUUAUAGAUAUCAGUACAUUACUACAAAUCUUUAACUGUCACUGGCUAGAUUAUUCAUUUAAACU